AUGCCGCGCCCCGGGAGGAACACGUACAGCGACCAGAAGCCUCCGUACUCGUACAUCUCCCUGACGGCCAUGGCCAUCCAGAGCUGCCCGGAGAAGAUGCUCCCACUCAGCGAGAUUUACAAGUUCAUCAUGGAUCGGUUCCCGUACUACCGGGAAAACACGCAGCGCUGGCAGAACUCGCUGCGCCACAACCUCUCUUUCAACGAUUGCUUCAUCAAGAUCCCCCGCAGGCCGGACCAGCCCGGCAAGGGCAGCUUCUGGGCUCUGCACCCCAGCUGCGGUGACAUGUUCGAGAACGGGAGCUUCCUGCGGCGCCGGAAACGUUUCAAGGUGGGCAGCAUGCAGGCCGCGGACCCGCUGGCCGCCAGCAAGCCGCAGGACGCGGCGCACUACCUGCAGCAGCAGGCCAAGCUGCGGCUGAGCGCGCUGCACGCAGCCGCGCACCUCCCGCAGAUGCCGGCCGGAUACAACCUGAGCUCCGUCUCGCAGCCGUCCAGCUUCAAGCACCCGUUCGCCAUCGAGAACAUCAUCGCCAGAGAGUACAAGAUGCCCGGCGGGCUGGCGGCCUUCUCCACCGCCGGGUACCCGCUGCACAACCAGCUGACCCCGGCCUGGCCGCACAUGUACGGCUCCGGGAUGAUGGACACUGCGGCCCCCAUUUCCAUGGCCGCCAGCGACUACUCGGCCUACGGCAUGCCACUCAAGUCCAUCUGUCACGGCGGGCAGACGCUGCCCGCCAUCCCGGUGCCGAUCAAACCCUCCCCAGCCUCGGUGCCCGGCCUGCCGGGGCUGCCCGCGCACAUUCCGGCUUUCCUCGCGAACUCGCCCCAGUCUCUGAGCCCCACCUCCCCGCAGACAGCCACCGGCCAGAGCAGCCCGGGCGGCCCCGGAGAAGCGCUGCAGUCCGCGGUGGCGGUGCACUGA